AGUAUUGGAGAGUGGGCCUGAUGGUCGGAGGUCGGCUACGGAGCAGCCAUGAAUAUUUUGCCCAAGAAGAGCUGGCACGUCCGGAACAAGGACAAUGUCGCCCGCGUGCGGCGCGACGAGGCCCAGGCCCGGGAGGAGGAGAAGGAGCGUGAGCGGAGGGUGUUGCUUGCUCAGCAAGAGGCCCGAACAGAAUUCUUACGGAAAAAAGCCAGGCGCCAGAACUCACUGCCUGAACUGGAAGCGGCAGAUGCAGGAGUUCCAAGUUCUGGCCCUGUGGACCUGUUUAAGGAGCUGCUGGAAGAAGGGAAAGGAGUGCCCAGAGGCAAUAAAGAGCAUGAGGAAGAGAAGCGACAGGAGAAGGAGAGGCAAGAGAAAGCACUAGGCAUCCUGACAUACUUGGGCCAGAGUGCAGCAGAGGCCCAAACUCAACCUCCUUGGUACCAGCUCCCCCCAGGGAAAGGGGGCUGCCCUCCAGGCCCAAGCCCAGAUGAGAAGAUCAAGAAUCGGUUGGACCCAUUGAGGGAGAUGCAGAAGCACCUGGGAAAGAAAAGGCACAGCAGUGAAAGCCGUCCUUCUAGAGAGGAGAGGCCUCAGAAACAACGGCCCAGAGAGCCACCUUCCCUACAAGAGCUCCGAGCUGAGCGUCUUCAGCGAGAAGCAGCUGAGAGGGCUCGAUCAGAGGCCCUGCUGGCCCGUGUACAAGGCCGAGCAUCCCAACAAGGUCAGGUGGAAGUGGAAGAGACAGAUGAACGGAGGCGGCGGUACAACUCCCAGUUCAACCCUCAGCUGGCCCGGCGCCCCCGCCAGCAGAACCCCACUCCUGCCCACUAA